CCACAGGUUGGUGUAUAAAUGACUUGUGUGGCGUUUGUUUGACGUGACACUCCCCCUUGGUCGAUGGGAGGCCGACGUCACCCUGCCAGCGGAGGAGUGGAUGGCCUGUGCAAUAAAAAUACAUGAAGAGAAUUGAGGAAAAGGAGAAGAUUGGCCGGGGGAAAAGCAACAACACGGCUGUUAUUCCUUUCUUCACGUUCCGCUCGUGAACCGUGGACUUGAGCUCCCUUCUGAGGCGCACUGGGAUGGUUUUUCGCCUCUCUAUCAAAAGCUCGGGCAGAAAUGCUGUGUUAUGUGCGGCUUUCUUGGCUUUUUGAGCGCACCGAGAGAGAUAACUGUACUGUAUCCCAGCCUAGCGGAUUGGAGUGAAAGUCCGCCAUAUUCUGCCUUACCACGCCCGGGAGUCGAGCCAUUGGAAAAUAAACGGACAGCCUUAUUCAUGCGUUUUUCUUGUUGCCCUUAUCCGCAGACGGUAACCUGAACGCGAGGGAUUUCGUUUAAUGAAAAAUAUCAACAUUGACGACUUUGAAGAGAGGGUAGCCCGGCUCGGAUGACAAUGCUUAACGAGAUCACACUGAGCAGUACGGAGGAUGUGUCUUAAAAGGAUCUGUUGAUCAUAUUGAGACGGGAAAGCAGAUUACACCUAUUAAGAUUGCACAGAUAUUCCACCGAAACCGCUUUGGACUGUUGUUUUGAAGCUGUCGGGAGGCCCCAGAUAAGCGAAGCAGGGGGAGGGGGUGGGGGGGUCAAUAAUUUCUCAAAUAUCUAAUUUUCCUUUCCACCACAAUCUGUGCGCUGUUGGGACUCACUAUAAGGGCGUCCACGCGUUAUUUCACCACCAGUAGGCCUGUAUGAGGACGUUAUUUGGCAUUCACAGGCCUGUUUUUUUUUUCUUUCUUUCUUUUCCUUUCUUUCCUUCUGCCCCUGAAAUCUGGAUGAAUCACUAAGAGGGGAAAGGAGUGCGAGUUUUACAAAAGGAGAGAGAAUGACCCUGGAAUCCAUAAUGGCGUGUUGCCUCAGCGAGGAGGCGAAAGAAGCCAGGCGGAUCAACGACGAGAUCGAAAGGCAGCUCCGCCGGGAUAAGAGGGACGCACGCCGGGAGCUGAAACUGUUGCUUCUCGGCACUGGGGAAAGUGGGAAGAGCACAUUUAUCAAACAGAUGAGGAUUAUCCACGGAGCCGGUUACUCUGAUGAGGACAAAAGGGGCUUCACCAAGCUGGUCUAUCAGAACAUCUUCACGUCCAUGCAGGCCAUGAUCCGAGCCAUGGAGACGCUCAAGAUCCCCUACAAGUAUGAGCACAACAAGGCUCACGCCAGCAUAGUGAGAGAGGUAGAUGUAGAGAAGAUCAACAAGCUUGAGAAUCCCUACGUCGAUGCAAUCAAGAGCUUAUGGAACGACCCGGGCAUCCAGGAGUGUUACGAUCGAAGGCGGGAAUACCAGCUCUCGGACUCUACUAAAUAUUACCUGAACGCACUGGAUCGGAUCGCUGAGCCAGCCUACCUUCCCACCCAGCAGGAUGUGUUGAGGGUUCGAGUUCCAACCACAGGCAUUAUUGAAUACCCAUUUGACCUGCAGAGUGUCAUAUUCAGGAUGGUGGAUGUCGGAGGUCAGAGGUCAGAGAGGAGGAAGUGGAUCCACUGCUUUGAGAACGUCACGUCAAUCAUGUUCCUGGUAGCCCUCAGCGAGUACGACCAAGUUUUGGUGGAGUCGGAUAACGAGAACCGGAUGGAGGAGAGUAAAGCUCUGUUUAGGACAAUAAUCACAUACCCCUGGUUCCAAAACUCCUCAGUCAUUCUGUUCCUCAACAAGAAGGACCUGUUGGAGGAGAAGAUUAUGUACUCUCAUCUGGUUGACUACUUCCCAGAGUAUGAUGGUCCGCAGAGGGAUGCCCAAGCAGGGCGAGAGUUUAUCCUCAAGAUGUUUGUGGACCUGAAUCCAGACAGCGACAAGAUCAUCUACUCUCACUUCACCUGCGCCACUGACACAGAGAACAUCCGUUUCGUCUUUGCAGCCGUCAAAGACACCAUCCUGCAGCUCAACCUAAAGGAGUACAACCUGGUGUAGAGCAGGGCGGAGCAGGGUGUUCCGACUGCAGGCCCUCAGCACACACUGACUGACGCAAUCUGUGAAAAGAUAGAUCAUAUAUACACACACACAUUUAAAAAAAAAAAAAUCUAAUGGUUGCAUAAUACUAAUUUAUUUGCUGUCUGCUGAUCUCUUGACUCCUCGAGGGGUGAGCGAAGUAAAUGUUAUCUUGCUAUUUAAGAAGUGAUGAAAAAGUGGGGACAGGAUAUUUGCGAGGGUUGGGUGGAAGGCGCUCAAAUGAAUGCAGUGUGUUUCUGUCCCUCCUGCCUUUUUUAUAAAAAAAAGAAGAAGAAAAAAAAGUUUGAAUUCCUUUUUUUUAGCCUUCUUCCUUACCUGUUGUUUCAUUCUGAAGCUUCAUCACGGGCGUUUACCUGUUUGCCCAGCAGGGAGUGAUGAGUUAGAUGGCUUCAUUUUUUUAAUUUAUUUUUUUAAUCUGAUAGACUGAUUGGCAAGUCUUUUGAUGAGUAGGCAGAAUUUGUGAUCUCUUUUAAAAUGAUUUAAAAUUCAUUUAAUAUAUGCGAGUGGCUUAGAUCUUUAUUAAUCUUACUUUGCAUUGGCUUUUGGUGCCAUUCAGUGAGUCGAGCAUGUGUUUGGAGGGAACAACCCAAGUCGUGUGUCAAGUGACGGUCGUGUCAUGGGUUUUCAGCUGUCGAUAGAACCGUUCAGUUGAGAAAUGUGAGUGAAAAAGGCUUUGAAAAUUAAAAAAAAAA